AUGGACGCCAAUGACGCGAAACUCAGAGGCCUCAAGGCUUGCACGGUCUGUGCUAGUGCAAAGGUAAGAUGUGACAUGGUAUCAGGGCAGAAACGGUGUACAAGAUGUGAGAGAUUGAACAAGGAGUGUGUUUCUCAGCCGAGAGGAAGUCAUAGUCGGAGGAGUCAUUCGAAAGGCGGGACUUAUGCUCGAGAUGAUCUUCUAAGACUAGAAUCCAAGUUCGAUUCAGUCGCAAACCUCCUAUCAUCCUCAUCAACUUCCACUCUCCCAUCAAUAACGAUAGCAACUCAUCCUCGAAAAGCCUCAUCAGCUACGAGUUCAAGUUCACAAACGCCACCGGAGACCCAAUCACCCAUCCACGCGCUCUUUUCAUUCCCUUUAUCGUCUAUCUCUCACCGUCUAGCUUACAAAAUGCUAGAAACCUAUCGUCAAGAAAUGAUGCCACUUUUCCCCUUCGUGUGGAUAGGUCUGGAUGAAAUUCCUGAGAAGUUGUUCCGGGAACGACCGAUGCUGUAUAUGGCGAUUAUGGUGGUUACGUGUCAGGAGAAUAUUGAGAUUCAGCAGGAACUUGCGCAGAAGUACCGAGAGGAAAUUGGGCGGAGAAUAUGGACACUUGCGGAGAAGAAUCUUCAGCUGCUUCAAGGGAUCUUGGUUUUUCUUGCUUGGUACCAAACUCAUUGGGUUCUCGGCCACCAACUCAGCAAUCUUAUGUACAUGGCCAUGUCACUAGUCACAGAGCUAGGCCUUGACAAAGAGCCCUCAUCAGGCACCAGGACUGCACCGGGGGUUUUGACUGAAAUCACCAAGAAGCAAGAGCCUCCGCCUGUGAGAACAAGCGACGAGAGGAGAUGUCACUUGGGAGUCUUUUGGUUGAAUUCCUUACUAAGAAUCUGUGUCAAAGACAUUGUACCGAUGCCCUCGCGACCUUCCAUCAACAACAACUGCUCAGUCCUCGAAGCAGGAUUGGAAUCUCCCUGGGACACAUAUCUUACUCAACUGGUGAGGAUACAGCUCGUCGCUAGUUCGAUCAGCGCAACGCUGUACCAGGAUUUAGAAAGAAAUGAGGCACAGAUUUCGCAUACGCUAUUUAUGGCAACAUCACAUGUGGAGAGACAGGUACAAGAUCUCGGAGCGACUCUGCAUCAAGGAUCUCGUCUUCAAGCACCAUUGACUAUGUCAUUCCACAUGCUCCAAGUCUACCUCUACAAAAUCGGCAUCGACGAACGCCUCCACGAACCAACGAACCCGAACCUCCUCCCGGCCGCUGACCCCUCCCCACAUGCCCUCCGCUGCUCCUAUCUUCUCGUAUCAUGCCUCAACGCCGUCAAAGCCGUAAUCGAAAACUUUCUGCUCCUAACAUCCCCCACCAUUCUCUCCAUGCCGUACACCUACUGGAUCCAGAUGGGACACUGCAUAAACAUGUUUUCCCGAUUGUUGGUUACACACUCCACCCUCUGGGAUCCGAACCUCGUCACGGGUAUACACGAUUUCACAUCGACGCUGGAGCGGCUGGCGGUCAAGAUUGAGGGGGCUAUGAGUGAGGGUGCGGGUAUGACGCCACCGAGAUACUUGCCGUCUAUGUUCAAUCAGAUGAGGGGAAAGUUGAUUGAUAUUUGUAGGAAAGUUGGGGAGAGCUCGAAGGCUAUGGCGCAGGCGUAUGUUGGGACGCCGACGGCGCCGGAGAGUUUUGAUACGGGGAAUAUGAUUAUGGAUGAAGAGACUGAAGCUUUGUUGUUUAGUUUUCUGGGCGACGGAGACUUCUUAUGA